GAAUCGGACGAGCGAGGGAGGGAGAAACACGUCUUUUUGACUCGGGAGUAAAAUUUUUUUUAAUCAUUACUGUUAUCUUUCUUUAAUUAACUCUGCUACGUCGAUGUCACAGUCAUGCGGCGUAACAGACGGUCGUAAUCAGCUCAUUUGUAGCCACUGGUUCCCUCACAUCAGGAGUUCAAAAUGGUUGUUGAUUUAUAUAGCUGGUAUCAUCAGGUGAAGAAGAAAGACCUGGGAGAUGCAAAAGAGAAUUGGCUGCAGCACCUUCAAGAACAAGCCUUAUCAAAGAAGAGGGCACAGAAGGAACAGAAAGGUCAUGGGGGGUCACCUGGAAUGCCCGUAGCCGAUUACUUUGAGUCAGGUCUUCGGGAAGGAUCCUCAGGUACAGCUUCAACAAAGAACAGCAAGUGCUCAACACCACGCACUCCAGAAAAGCUGAUAAAGUCACCCUUUUCCGCAUUGCUUGAUUCAAGUUUCAUCACUCCUACACUUGUGCUGUCACACUCAAAGGAUGAUGGAACGCCAGAAACCUCUCGUGUAUCCCCACCCUUCAGCCCGUGUGCAUUGGGACUUGAUUUAUUCUCUCCUGUUGUCAGCAAAGCCAAUACAUCUGUAAAAAUGGCUGCAAGUUUGGGUGCCAACCUUGAUGACUCUCUGUCAUCAUGGACAAGUGCAUUGGCCACGCCUCUCACCACAGAUGCCAGCGGAAAGACUCCUACUACACUGGAGCGCCUCACCUUACACCCCAAGCAAGGACUUAGGCAAAAGGUGAUGGCACGCAGCCUUUUUAGCCCCCGGACUCCAGGCACCAACUCACACACAGAUGGGAGCCCCAACUUGGGGAUUAUAAAGUGUUAUUCUCCCAUCCCUACCUUCAACAACAGGGCUGUUCUUAAUCAGCAGAAACAAAUGCCUGAAAGCAAUUUUUUUCCCUUAGUUCAUGACACUCAGAGCUUCAGAGUUUAUGAUAAAGGGAACAACAGUGAAGAGGGAAAGCAGCCACCGAUUGAUGGCACAAAUCAGUUAGAAGGAUCAGUGUUAACCAUUAAUUCUGAUAAAGAUGGUGAGCUUCAACAAAAGGCUAAAGGACCUGGUCAUAUUUUGCAUCAUGGCACCGAUGUUUCACUUCCCUCUUCCCCUGAGGAAUUAUUAGGAUGUCAUAAGCUCGGAAUUAGUCUAAAACCAGGCAAAGGCACUCAGCUUUGCAAGAAUCCAUCCAUCAUUUCUAUAAGUUCUUCCAGUGCAGAGGUGAGGAAAGUGAGGGAGUCAGGGCAAAAUUUGCAAAGGAACCACAUUGGUACUUCUAAUUCAGGUGAGGGAAGCAUAAUACAAGACAGGUCUCAGGCAUGCAGUGAGGGAAAUCAGAGUAAAAGUCCCUUUGAUCUGAUCUGUUCCCCUAUAAAAGGGAAAAGCACUGGAGAGAAUAACAAGCACGAUCCUGUGGGGCUGGAAAAUCCAACAGAGGAUCAAGAAUCCUUGUGUAAUAAAAGAAUUGUAGAGAAUUCGUAUGUAGAACAAAUGAGCUAUGGAUGUUCAGUUUCUGAAAAGGAAACUUUGUCAGUAACAUGUGAAACUACCAUGCCAGAGGAAAAUAUUUGUGAUCAUUCUACUUCAGAGGAAGUGAAGACUAGUCCAACGACAGUAGAGACUCCUAAAACUCUCUCAGUGCCAUUAUUCAAAAAGGAAAACAAAGUGAUAAAAGAACUAUAUAAGAAAGAUGAAGGACCAAUAGUAGAAGGUUUCACUUCCACCCCAGAUUCAAAAGCUGUCCUGAAAAAGCUCUCUAUCCACAAGAAUAGGAGGCAUUCUGGCAGGUUUUUGUAUCCAAGAAAGUCAGAAGCAGGGUAUGAGAAACUCAAUAUGAAGUAUCAAGAGUGUCUGGAUGAUGCCCAGAGUACAGUUGUAGAGACAGAUAUGGCUGACAUUACAACAGAGCAUGUAUCACGAGAAUCUAAGGUAGCAAAAACACCAAAGGACAUCCAUGACAUAGCAAACAGACAGCAGAACUUUGUAUCCCUUGCCACUCUUGAGAAGGAUGACCGUCUUGGACUAGAGAAAGCCCUGAAAACCAGUGAGACAAAAUGCAGAGCUCAUAUGGAAAAAGGAAGGCAGGAAGAACCAGUGAAACAAAAUUCAGAAAAAACAAAGAUAGUCUCAGGGAAGCUUCCUGAGGAAUCUGCGAUUUCCCCUUCAAGGGAGGAGGGGAAGGCAAUAGAUUAUGUGAAGGUGAAUAUAACGAGUAAGGAUGAAAGAUCUGAAGCCACUCUGCCAAAAUCAGAUGACUUUCAAACUGCCAUUGGAUUACAGGUGGUACCACAGAAGGAUUUGAAAUCCAAAAAAGAAAUGAUGGAGGAUUCCGGAGGUACAGUUACUUUUAAAGCAGAAAAGUUUGAGCUGCCCUUGAGUCAGAGUCUAAAAUCAGAAGCAAGUGAAGUCAUGGAUGACAGUUUUAACGAUAUUGAUUUUGCUGAAAUAGACUGGAAUUUUUGUGUUCCUAAUGCAAAAACAGAAACUGAUCAUAGGUCAGGAAAAGAUUUGGCUGAUGAUCACUCUCUGAAAGGGGAUAGUGAAGAUGCUGGCAAAGGAACCAAAGGCUUUUGUGGAUUUUCAACUGGCCUAGGAAAAUCAGUGAAAGUCAGUGAUAAAGCACUUCAGCAUGCUAAGAAACUACUUGAAGAUACACUAGAUGAUGAAUAUGUGAAAGAUAAGGUAUCUAAUAAAGAAGACAUACAAGUCAAUCCCAACUGUUUUUCUAAGAAUACAAUAAUGAAAACAAGUCAUACACAUACUAAGAAGUCCAUGUCUAGCAAUUUUGAUAAACCUGAAUAUUUUUUAGGGACAGAUGCAAAAUCUGAAGACUUUUCAGGAGAUGCCAACUGUUGCAAUUUUUUCAAUGGAGGAGGUAGACCAGUAAAGGAGUGCAAAGAACCCAUGCAGGGUGUCAGAGUUUUAGAACAAGUAUCAGGUAAUCUUAACUUACAGUCUCAUCAGAGGGAAGCAUCCUCUCCAGUGUCUGAGAAUAUGUUUCAUCGCAAGGCAGAUCAACUAGCUUGUUUAGAAAAGGUAUCAAAGGAAUCAAUUUCAAAUGCCAAAUUAAUACAGGAUACCAAUAUUGGCUUUAAAACUGCAAGGGGUACAAAUAUUGUGGUUAAUUCUGAAGCUCUUAACAAGGUAAAAAGGCUUUGGGCAGAAGAAUUGAAACUGGGAGACCAACAGGUUCAGACCAUAAGUGUUAUGGAUGAUACUGAAUUUGAUUUUAAAGGUAAUGAGACUAUUUUUGAUUCAAAUAUUCAAAAAAGUCUGCAAAUAGGAAAUGCAAUGCCAGGGUUUGCUACAGCUGCUGGAAAAGCACUUACAGUUAGCUGAGAAGGCUUUGAAAAGAGCACAGGGCCUUUUGGAAGAAAGUAGUGAAGAAGCCAAACUGCACUGCAUUAACUUGAAUGGUAGUGUUGAUAGUACCAUACAGGUAUUGAGAGAAGAAAAGGAAGGAAAAACAAUCCAGAAUCAGAGAAGCAACACACCUGCACUAAAAAAUGAGGCCAGAUAUAAAAUGAAUAGAGAAAAUUAUCAAGAAUCUAAGACAAGUAGUUCUGCUGUGCUGAAAUCACACAAACAUUUGGAUGAAACUGAAGAACUAACAGAAGAGUUUGCAGAUGAUGGUAAUUGUAAUAAUGACAAACUAUCCUUUGCACAAGUCAAAGGUCCUACCAAAUCCAGGCAUUGUGAGCAUCCACAACAGUUUGGAGGUUUUUCCACAGCACGAGGUACAAAGGUCAGAAUCAGCAAUGCAGCCCUUCUGAGAGCAAGGAAGCUGUGGGAGGAAGAUGAUGCUACCUCAGGUGAUUUGCCAGAUCCAAAGUUUGGGAACACCUUACAAAGUAUGGUAAUGAGUGAAGUUUCUGAGACUCAGACCAAGGAGAGGGGAAAAUCUUUGCAUUCAAAUAAGGAAGCCAUUGCUCCAGCACCUCAUGAUUUUCUGGGCUUUUGCACAGGUCAGGGUAAACCUGUUGAUAUUAGCAAAGAGUCAUUAGCAAGGAGUAGGAAUAUUUUUGAAGAUAUCGAUAUUCCUAAGGAUGAGAAGACUCUGCACCCAGAAUGCAAGUCCAAAGAUUUUUCAGAUGGCAGAGGAAAGAAUUUGGAAGUUAUUGGAGGCCAUGAAAUGGGGAAGACAAGUAGUGUCCUCGAUUUGGAGGAGAAAUUAGCUGGGGAGGAAACAGCCUAUAACUUUAAUCAAAACUUUAAUUCUCAUCGUGGCUUUGUUACUGGCAGAGGGAAAUGUGUAAAAGUUAGAGAAGAAACUUUGGAAAGGAUAAGCAAAAUGUUUAUGGAUGAAAAUAAAAUAGAAUAUGACAAGAAUUUGGAAUAUAGUGAAAAUAACCUUAGAAAUGAAUCAAAUAAGGGAAAGCUAAGAGAACAUGAAGGAGAACACAUAGAAGAAACAGUAGAUUUUCCAGAUAAAGAGCAACACUGUGCAGGUAACGAUGAAAAGGAACGCACACCAUCUCCAAUCUUAGGCUCACAAAAGAGCACAUCAAGAAUGGCAGCACUGGAUAGAGGAGUGCCUAUUAAAUGUGGGAAACGAAAAUUUUCUGAAUUAGGGCUGGCUGAACUGGAACCAGAUAAACAGAUUGCGAGACCUUCAAACAAGAGGCUGUCCCUUGGAAGUUCAAAAAACACAAGUGGAAUCCCAAGGAAGAGCAUCUCUAAGCUGGGAAGGAGAGGUCACUCACAGUCAGACCAAACCUCCCUUGAAAUGCACCUCAGUCCAGCUGCAAAGUCUCAGUCACAGCCCACCUUCCUGGCACCCAGUCCCCAUCUCCUUCCACCACACAGUCACACAAAAGCACAAGAGAGUCUGCAGACACAGGGGAAAAUCACAGCUUUACCAGACACUCAGGAGAUAUGUGCUAUCACAGAAGCUUUCUUGGAAGAUGAUUUGAGGGAAGGGAAAGAUUCGCUGGAGAGUUUUAAUAGGAAGAGGUUGAGAGAAGCUUCAGGAUAUGAUGGGCCUUCUGGCAAGAAAUUCAGAGUACCUCAAAUGCCUUGCAGUCAGGUGGAGAUCACAGAAGCAUAUGCUGCUGACGAGGUAGUAGAGUCAGGCAGGGAGAUGGCACGGCUGAAGCAGAGCAAGGUGGCUCAGUAUAAAGAGAAACGCACUGUGACACCCAUCCAGGGUGUCCUCCACAAAUUUCGGAGUGACAAGAAGCAUUCUAGGAACAAAAUGCAGUCCCUAGGGUCUUUGAAGGUCAACAGAAAUGUUUCAUGCGAGGUAGCAAGCAUAAAUGCCAGUAAUGCAAGGAUGUAUCGAUUUCUUGUAAAGGACCGAAGAUGUGAAACUGUGUCCUGUGAAGAUGGCUGCACCUUGGUUCCGAGCUCAGAUGGAUUCAUAGGAGCCAAGGAAAUUGAGCAAGGGUUUUUGGCAGCUCCAGGUGUUCACCCAGGCCUCGUGCCACCCUCCUGGGUCGUCAACCAUUAUCGCUGGAUUGUGUGGAAGCUGGCGGCACUGGAGAGAAGGCUGCUCCAUAAUAUGUUGACACCAGAAAAUGUUGUGGCAAGACUCAAGUACAGGUACGACCGUGAGAUUGACCGUGCAGAGCGCCCGAUCUUAAGAAAGAUAAUGGAACAUGACGAUGUCCCUCAGAAGACCAUGAUCCUAUGUGUAGCUGAUGUUAAGAAGACUCCAGAGACCACUCAUGGAGGAGAUGGAGUGGCAGAGACAAGACCUCGCAGUCCAUAUGUUGCUUCGGAAACUAUUCUGGAACUCACAGAUGGAUGGUACAGCAUUGAUGCACUGACUGACACAGCAUUAUCAAGAUUUGUUUUGGAGGAGAAAGUGAAGAUAGGGACCAAGCUGUUAAUCCAUGGAGCAGAGAUGGCCAAGCACUCUUCACCUUGUCACCCACUGCAGGCUUCCCCCUCUGUUUGCCUGCGUCUGCAUGCCAACAUGACACGAAGAGCUAAGUGGUGGUCACGCUUGGGCCUUGUACCCCAGUGUGGGCCUCUGCCUACAAUGAUCCGAGGAAUCCAGGGAGAUGGGGGCCUUGUGGGCCGACUCACUGUCCUGUUGGCCAGGGUGUAUCCCCCUCUGUACUUCGAGAAGACAGGAGGGAAAUCUGUCUUCCGGUCUGAGAGGGCCCAUAGUAGACUCUUGAGGGAGAAUCAGAGGGAAAAGGAGCGAAAUGUGCACCAGAUACUGGCUGAGGUUGAGAGAGAGUUUGAUUCACGGGCUUUAUCCCAGAGGCAAAGUAGAAAGACCGGCAGUUCCGCGGUGAGGGGUGAGGAGAUACGCAAUUUGACAUCAGGCAGGGACAUUGCCCAGGUCAUGGAGGAGGCAAUGGAUCCAUCCAGCUUGGAGGGCCUACUCAGUACACACCAGAUAGAGCUUGCAAGAUCAUGGAGGCUGAGGGAAGCUGAAGAGAGAAAGAGACUAAUUAAUUUAGAAGUUCAGCAAAGGUUGGCCAAGAAGCAGAAGCUGUAUGAAGCUGUUACCAUUUUGAAGAUACGUAUAGUGGACACUGAAGGAGGAAGUGCAUUGGUGACUAUCUGGAGACCAACAGAGGAAAUUAGACAAGCUCUGACAGAAGGAGCUGUGUUUUCAGUGCAUUACCUUUGUGCAAAUGGCCAUAAGUAUGGCGACUUGCAGCUGACUGCCACCAGGCAAACUAGGUGGGAGAGGUUGACCAGUCCCAGCCCUUCCCAAUUUCAAGACGUGUCACGAGAAGUCACGCCUCUGUGCCUGACGACCUCGGGAGAGCUGGCUCCUCUUUGGCGGGAGGUGGAUGUGGUAGGAAUUGUGCUUAGAGUUGGCGGGCUUGAGGCAGGCUGCCAGCUGGUUCAUCUGGUGGAUCACCAGGUCAAUAUUCUGGCUCUGAAAUUCUGGGGAGGAAUCAAGGAAUGUGGCAUGGA